AUGGAGUUGCACGAUAUGUUUGUCGAUCUGAAAGCCCAUGAGUUCAAGAUGAACUCAAGGAAUGAAGACGAGCCCUCAUCCUCGACCGUGACUAAGGCAUUGGUGUCCUUUAUGGAGACAGUAGUCCCCUCAUUCAUCAGGUUAGAUGAGCAGUUCAGCGAAGAUGCGAUGACAAUGUUUUUCAAGAAGUUUGACAAAUUCAUGAAGAAGAAUCAAUCCAACUCAUCUUUCAAUAACGAAAAUAACACUAAUGAUUAUAAGGAUAACAUUUGUUGUUUUAACUGUGACACUUUAGGUCACUACAAAUCGGAAUGUCGGAAGCCAAGGAGAGACGACAAGAAGCAUGCUGAUCAAAAACAUAAGGAGGAUCAUAAAUCAUCCAAGCAUAAGAAGGAUUAG